UUUCUUUGUUCGUUUCCCCUCCUCGUUGUUAUCGUAGUUGUUAUUGCCAGCUGAAAAAAGAUUACCCUCGAAAUGGAUUUUCUCUUCAGAGGCCUAAAUGAGGAUUCUUCAUCAUCCCAAAUGGACAUUCUCAGAUGUCCAUUUUUGAGAAACAUUAACGAACCAACUAACUUUUCCUUCUCGUCUGCCAUGCCCUUCGCCAUGCCGGUUCGAGGAGCUAAAGGUCUAAUAUUUGAAGAUGGACCCAAUUUCGACAUGGCAUUCAGGCUUUUCCAUGGACGUGAUGGAGUCGUUCCGCUAUCUGAACGAUCCUCCUUGCGUAUUGAGAAAGCAGAUAUUGAAACAACCCAACCGAUGUUCAAUCCUUUGGCUGCAAAGGCAGCCACCAUUAGUCUCUCAUCCUUCGGACCAGGAGGGCCUUUCAGUUUUGAUGCAUUUUCUAAUAAGUGGAACAAUCAGAAAGGAAAAUCAAAAUCAUCCAAGAAAGAGUCUUCUUCACAGGGAGGAAAUUCGAAUCAUGAAGCAUUGGGCAAUGAAUGGCUGCAAAACGGGAACUGUCCGAUCGCAAAGUCGUUUAGGGCAGUUAGCGGUGUUUUGCCACUAGUUGCGAAGGUUCUUAAGCCACCUCCAGGGAUGAAAUACAGGUGCCCACCUGCAAUUGUUGCUGCUCGAGCAGCAUUAGCACAAACCACAUUCGCCAAGAAUCUCCGCCCGCAAUCCUUGCCGACAAAAGUACUGGUGAUCGGGAUGUUAGGCAUGGCAGCAAAUGUUCCGUUAGGUAUAUGGCGGGAACACACUGAAAAAUUCUCACCGUCUUGGUUUGUUGCUAUCCAUGCAGCCGUUCCAUUCAUAGCCAUGCUUCGGAAAUCCGUCUUGAUGCCGAAAACAGCUAUGGCUUUUACCAUUGCAGCAUCUGUAUUAGGACAGGUUAUCGGCUCUAGAGCAGAACGGUACCGAUUGAAAGCAACAGCGGGAAAACAGUUAGGUAUUGAGGAAUCGUUGGUUUGCAUCGGUGGUGCAAAACAGUUGGACUUUGUUGCCGUUAAAAACGGGGAUUGCAGGAAAGAUGUUGAAUGGGAUCCAGUCUCUCUGCAGGUGGCAAUGGGAAGGCCAUCUUCAUCCGCUGAAGUGACCGCCAUUACUGCAUGAUUGUGUGUAAUUCUGGUGUGUGUUU